GGCUGCGAUGUCCCCCGUCCUUCGCUUCUAUGUCCGCCCCUCUGGCCACGAGGGUGCAGCCUCCGGACACAUUCGAAGGAAGCUGCAAGAGAAGCUGCCAGACCUGCGGGAGGUGGAGAUGGAGCUGUGCUACAAUGUGAACUGGACAGCUGAAUCCCUCCCAAGCCCCGAGGAGAUGAAGAAGCUGGAGUGGCUGUUUGGCUGCCCUUUGUUACCGGAUGAUGUUGCUCAAGUGUCCUGGCUUGUUCCCCACCCUGACGACCUGGUGCUUGAGGUCGGGCCCAGGUGA